AUGAUCAGCUUGGGAACCGGACGGCCGAAUCCGAAGUACUUCCCCUGGGACUCGCUUAUCGCUCAUGGGAAGAGGCAUCAGGGUGACGGUGCUUUUGGAGAUGACACUACACCCGCAUCUUGCUCUGCGGGAGACAAGGACUUUGACCUGUCUAAGGUUCUGAACUACGGCGAUGCAGCUGGGCAUGCUCAGCUCAUUCGCUUCGUUACUGAGCAUGUUAACCUGAUCCACAAGCCUCAGUAUGAAGACUGGCGAACUUGUCUGACUUGCGGGACAACUUCUGCCCUUGACAUCAUCUUCCGCAUGUUCGUCAAGCCCGGCGACUCAGUACUUUUUGAAAGUCUGACCUACCCGCCCACUAUUGAGAUUGCAGAAGCGCAGAAGUUCAAUCCUGUCGGAAUCACCAUGGACACAGAGGGCCUUAUACCCGCGGAACUCGACAGGGUCUUGAGCAAUUGGGACGAGUUCAGGGGACCGAAACCAUUCGUCUUGUACACGAUCCCUUCCGGCCACAACCCCACAGGCGUGACGCAGUCCACCGAGCGCCGCAGAGCCAUCUACGAAGUCGCUGAGCAGCACGAUCUCCUGAUCAUUGAAGACGACCCGUACUUUUACCUGCAACUGGAGAACGACUCCAGUACCCAGCUCACCGCCGAGAAGUACUUGGAAAAUCUGCCCACUUCAUAUCUGUCCCUCGACAGAACAGGCCGCGUCAUCCGCCUCGACUCGACCUCCAAGAUCCUAGCUCCGGGGCUCCGUAUUGGCUGGCUGACUGCCAGCGCCGAGAUAGUCCGCAUCUUCGUGGCCAACACGGAAAUCAGCUCUGCUUUCCCAGCGGGACCGUCCCAAGUCAUGAUGUACAAGCUACUUGCCGAGUCGUGGGGACAUCGGGGGUUCUUUGACUGGCUGAGCCACAUCUCUCUGGAGUACAGCCGCCGACGCAACCUUCUCGUUGAGGCUUGUGAGAAGCACCUUCCGCGGGAUGUCUGCAGUUGGACUGUCCCCACGUUUGGCAUGUUCUUAUUGGUACGGCUGGAUGUGUCGAAGCAUCCUGCGGUAAAGCCAUUGGAGUCCCUUGAAUCGGCUGCUAUCCUUGAUAUCGAGGAUAGGAUUUACAAGAAGUCCAGUGUGAAUGGGGUUUUGGUAACGAAGGGUAGCUGGUUCGCGGCGGAGACGGAGGAUGUGAGGGAAGCCUCCCUUCGGUUGACGUUUGUAGCGGCUCCCGAGGCCGCGUUGGAGACGGCUGUUGAAGCCUUUGGGCAUACUUUUCAAGGAGAGUUUGAGCGGGCUCAGACCGUAGCGCCAUGA